AUGGCCGCCCGCUUCGUGGGGGAAUGGCAAAACCUCCAGCGCCUCGGAAGGCAACGUGCAGCAAGGCUGGGUGCGGACGAGGUGGAGGACCUCGAGGCGAAGCAGCGGAAGCGCGCCGUGAGCCGCGCCAAGGCGCAGCUCUCGCAGGCGCUGCACGAGAAGCACACGGAGGAAGCGGUCGAGGCAGCCGAGCUACUUCUAGACUGCGAGGAGCCCAUCGCCCCGGACGUGCUGCGGGCCCUGCUGCGGACCUGCGCGGAGAACCCCGACGCGGAGCGCUUCGCGCGCGUGGUGAGCGCCUGUGUGCGGGGCGGCAUCUGCUUCGAUGAGCAGUCCUUCGCCAGCCUCAUCGGACAGUUGCUGGCCAACGAGGCAGCGCACGCCCUGGUGCGCUGCGCCCUGAACUUUGGCUUGGAGAAGGAUGGGGAUGUCAUCCCGCUGAUUCCAUACGACAUACGAGAGGCGGAGCAGCAGGACGUGUUUAAAGGCGCCACGAACGACGACACCGGGGAGUUGGAUUUGGAUCUCGCAGAGGCGGAGACGCCCACCAUGCUGGAGUUCUCCGGGUGCAUGCGGAAGCCCGAGCUGAACGGCUUGUUCCAGAGAGUCGCUCCCAGACGUGACCUGCUGGGGCAUUCUCGCCUGAUCUACGAGAAGCGAAUUGGCAUCUCGAAACGCUUCUGUUGCUACUACUGGGAAGGCUCGCUGACCAGCAACAAGGACGCGGCCAGCUGGGAGAGCGGCUGGUACAUCGGCACGGAGAUCGGGGGGGGCGGCCAGACCUUGGCGCGGCGCUUGGGGCCUCCCGGGCCGGAGCCCGCGCUGCCGCCUGCAGAGCAGUGGGAGCUUUCGGUGCACCAGCACAACUUCGUGCGGGAGAUGUGCGGCUUCAAGGCCCCCACUAGCCGUGUGAAGCGCAUGCAGGCCCUGAACCUGACGGAGGAAGACUCCGAAAAGGCCCUGGAGGGCCUGGAGCUGGAGGAGCUGAGGGGCCGCGUGGUGGGCCGGGAGCCGGCGGUGUGCAAGUACUUCUGCCAUUUCUUCAUCCUCCUGGCCUUGGAGCUGAUGGCGGAAGUCCAAGGCUUCCGCUCGCGCUGGGGCUACCGAAAGAUCAAGGAUCUGGUGAGCUUUGGCAUUGCCUUUGACAACAUGAAGGUGGAGUCCCAAGGGCGUCAGCAGGAGAGCAAAAAAGCGGCGUUGCCAGGCUGGCCCAACUUCGGCACGGAGGAGGUGAUUUUCAACCUGCCGCACAACCUCACGGAGGAGCGGUGCCGCUUUAAAUCUGGGGAGCAGGUGGUCAUCUCCUACAACGACCCCAUGAAGAACCGUGUUUGUGAGGGCAUGGUGCGCGACUUGGACUUUCGGGGCCACUCUCUGGUGGUGAACGUGUCCGGCCGUAUGCCUGAGGACCCCUGGCAGCGGAAGCGGUUCCGUAUCGACCAGUACGCCAAUCGGACCACCUACGAGCGCCAGGUGGCGGCCCUUAUGCAGUUCAUCUCCAUGGAGAGGACGGAGGUCUGUGAGAUGCUGGUGGCCGCGGGCGUGGGGAAGUUGGAUGAGGCGGUGAUCGAGGAGGCGAAGCUCAUGCGCUUCCGCGCCAAGCGCCGGAAACUGGGCAAAGGAUACAAGGGCGAGGCGCAGGAGAAGCUGGCCAAGAUGGACAAGGAGACGUUGAAGGCCACAAAGGCGAACGCUUUGGAGAACUGGGACUCCGAGGACUUCUUCAUCGAAGAGGAUGCGAAGGCAGAAGCAGAGCGGGAAGAGAAGGAAGCGGAAGAAGUUGAUCCAGCGCUUGAAGCAGCCAAGUUGAAGGCGGCUGAAGAGGAGGAGGAGCGGAAGCAGCAGACCAUUGCGCUUGCAGCAGCAGACAUCAAGGUGGCACAGCCUGAGGACCUCGAGCUGGCGCGGAAGCAGGCCAUGGCGCUGGAAAGGACUUCGGAGACGCAGAAGCAGGCCAUCGUGAGCGCCAUGUCCAAGAGGCUCACAAUUGUGCAGGGCCCACCGGGCACCGGCAAGACCCACACCUCUGUUCGGAUCCUGACCAGCUGGGUGAGGACCAUGGGCUACCGACCGCUGCUGGCCACCUCCGAGUGCAACGUGGCCGUGGACAACAUCGCCGAGGGGCUUGUGGCGAAUGGCAUCAAGGUGGUGCGCAUUGGCCACACCCAGAAAGUCAGCGCCAAGCUCGAGCAGGCGAUCUUGCGGAACUUGGUUGCGGAGGGCCGGCAGCUGCAGAAGCUCGAGGGAGAUGAAGAUUACGAGGAGAUGCCGCAAGAGCCAGGGGAGGAGCCAUCCUGGAAGAGCGAGGAGUGGAAGGAGUGGCGCCGGCGGAAGGACGCGAUGCUGCGGCGCAGGGUCUGGGAUCGGAAGCAGGAGUCCAUGAUGCGAGCCAAGAUCUUGGAAGAUGCGGACGUGAUCUGCGCCACGACCAUCGCCUCGGGCGGUGGGCAAAUGGCCAACUUCAACUUCCACGGGAUCUUGAUCGACGAGGUGGCCCAGGCCACCGAAACCUCCUGCAUCGUGCCCAUUGUCUGCCGCGGCGCCAAGCAGCUGGUGCUGUGUGGAGAUCAUUGCCAGCUCCCGCCCUCAGUGAUUUCCCGUGAAUCCGAGCUGCGGGGCUUCUCCUUGUCGCUCUACUCACGGCUCACGGGGGCUGGGGUGCCCUACUGCUUUCUGGACACUCAGUACCGGGCCCACCCCAUGCUAAUGGAGUUCAGCGCGGGCUGCAUCUACCAUGGCAAGCUGAAGAACGGGGUGCAGGCGUCGGACAGGCCCCGGCCCAACGGCCUGCCGUGGCCGUCCUUGGACUGCCCCGCCAUGUUCAUGGAGAGCAGUGUGGAGGAGCACCUCGAGGGUGAGUCCAAAGCCAACAUGGCGGAGGCGCUGGUAGUGAAGGACCUGGUGCAGGGCUUGCUGGACCGCAAGGAGGUGCCCCUGACGGAGAUCGGGGUGGUGACGCCCUACAAGGGCCAGGUCCGGGUCUUGCGAAAGCUGCUCCAAAGCAAAGACGCGCUGGCGCUGGGGGCGGGCCUCGCGGACGAGGAGAUCUUCAAACUGGAGAUUGCUUCAGUGGACAACUUCCAGGGCAGGGAGAAGGAGGUGAUCAUCUUCUCGGCGGUGCGGUGCAACACCUGGGGCUCCGUGGGCUUCCUCAAGGACUGGCGGCGCUUGAACGUGAUGAUCACCCGCGCCCGGCGCGCUUUGGUUGUGGUGGGCAAUGCUGCCACCCUUUGCAAGGACGAGCAUUGGAGGAAGUGGCUGGAGUGCACCGAGCGCCAGGGGGGGGCCAAGAAGGGCACGGUGCGCCGGGCGGUGGAGGAGGCGGAGCUUGGGCUGGAGCUCACCUCCGUGGACGCUCACAUGGCCGCCUUCGGCGACCCAGGCUCGAAGAACGGGGAGGGCUCGAAGAACGAGGAGGGCUCGAAGAACGGGCAGGUCUCGAAGAACGGGCAGGGCUCGAACGGGGAGAGCGAUGAGAAAUGGAAGCCGAAGGGCGAGGGAAGGCCCGAGAAGCGGAAAUGGGAGGCACGGAGCUGGGACGAUUGGAGUGGGUGGAAAGAGAAAAGCGACUGGGGGAAAGACUGGCACAAAGAUGCCGGGGACCGAAAUUCUUGGUGGCAGGACUCCUGGGGGAAAAAGGUGCGCUGUGCUGGACAAGGGCAACAUUCAGAGAUGGCUUGA